AUGUCUCACCACGCCAUCUCGGGUCAAGAGGAGGAAUCCCACAACGUCAACCGCGCCGCCCCAGGUAUUUCAUACUUCACACCCAAGCAGCAACCACCAGCGGGUACGGCCCUUAUCGUCGAUGGCCAGAAGAGCGUGCCUAAGCUCUUCAAGCCUCUGAAGCUCCGAGGCUUGACCCUCCAGAAUCGCAUCAUGCUCUCGCCUCUCUGCCAGUAUUCGGCUCAAGACGGCCACUACACAAUGUGGCACUUAACGCACAUGGGAGGCAUCAUCCAGCGAGGUCCCGGUAUCAGCUGCGUAGAAGCCACAGCCAUCACACCCGAAGGCAGGAUCACACCCGAGGACGUCGGCCUGUGGAAAGAUAGCCAGAUCGAGCCCCUGGCCAAAGCAGUCGAAUUUGCCCACUCGCAGAACCAAAACAUCAUGAUCCAACUCGGCCACGCAGGGCGCAAAGCCACAACCGUCGCACCCUGGCUCAGCGGCGGCGAAGUAGCAGGAAAGGACCUAAACGGCUGGCCCGAUAACGUCCUCGCCCCUUCCGCCAUCGCCUGGAACGACAAACAUGCCGAUCCCAAGGAACUCACCCUCGAUCAGAUCCAGAGUCUAAAGAAAGCCUUCAACGACUCCGUCAAGCGCUCCUUAAAGGCCGGCUUCGACGCCAUCGAAAUCCACAAUGCACACGGCUACCUCCUCCACGAAUUCCUCAGUCCCGUAGCCAACCAGCGGAAAGACAAGUACGGCGGGAGCUUUGAGAAUCGUACCCGUCUUACACUUGAGAUUGAUAUGCCGCUUUUCCUCCGCAUCAGCGCGACGGAUUUUCUGGAAGAAGCGCCUAAGGAUCAGAUCUCCGCGAGCUGGACGAACGAGGACACGAUCAAACUUGCUCCUCUCCUCGCUGAAGCAGGCGUAGAUCUCCUCGAUGUCAGUGGAGGCGGCAACCACCCUCUCCAGCAUCCUCACGUCAAACCUGCAUACCAAGCCGAAUACGCCAUCGCGAUCAAGAAAGCCGUGGGCGAUAAACUCGCCGUGGGCUCCGUCGGUGCUAUUGAGAACGCGACCCUAGCGAAUGAGUUGUUGGAGAAGGACGGGUUGGAUUUGGUUACUGUAGGUCGGGGUUUCCAGAAGAAUCCCGGACUCGUGUUUGCGUGGGGCGAUGAGUUGGGGCAGCAGGUGCAGAUGCCUAAUCAGAUUCGGUGGGGGUUUGCUGGACGGGGCAAGCCGACGGGGAAGAGUAUUUUCGAGGUGCCGGAGAUGAUGGAGUAG